CUUAUAAAUACUUGGCAUCUUUUGCUAAUGAGUAAAUGAACUUACUCAGCUUAGCUUAUUAUUCGGUGAGAAAAUGUCUUCAGAUUCAAGUAUCACACCUCUCUUGACUCCCUACCAAAUGGGCAAAUUUCAUCUCUCCCAUAGGGUUGUAUUAGCACCAUUGACCCGACAAAGGUCUUAUGGAAAUGUUCCUCAAACCCAUGCAAUUUUAUAUUACUCUCAACGAGCUACGAAAGGAGGUUUGCUAAUUUCUGAAGCAACUGGAGUAUCUAAUACUGCUCAAGGGUACCCGGAUACGCCUGGUAUAUGGACACAAGAACAAGUUGAAGCAUGGAAACCUAUUGUUGAUGCUGUCCAUGCCAAAGGUGGAUUAUUUUUCUGUCAGAUAUGGCAUGUUGGUCGGGUUUCCAAUGAAGGUUUCCAACCGAAUGGCCAAGCUCCAAUUUCGUGCACCGAUAAGUCUCUUGUACCUCAAGUUCGAGCAAAUGGCAUUGAUACUGCACAGUUCUCACCCCCAAGGAGGCUAAGAACAGAUGAGAUACCUUUAGUUGUUAAUGAUUUCAGACUUGCAGCUAGGAAUGCCAUAGAAGCUGGCUUUGAUGGUGUUGAAAUCCAUGGAGCUCAUGGCUACCUCAUCGACCAGUUUAUGAAAGACCAAGUUAAUGACCGAACAGAUAAUUAUGGUGGAUCUCUAGAGAACCGUUGUAGAUUUUCUCUAGAAGUAGUGGAAGCUGUUGCAAAUGAGGUUGGUGCAGAUAGAGUUGGGUUUCGGAUCUCUCCAUUUGCCAAUUACAUGGAAGCUGGAGACUCGAAUCCUGAAGCUCUAGGCCUUUAUAUGGCCCAAUCCUUAAGCAAUUACGGAAUACUAUAUUGCCACGCAGUCGAACCUAGAAUGAUAACAGUUGGAGAGAAGAAGGAAUGUCCUCAUAGUUUACUUCCAAUGAGAAAAGCUUUCAAUGGUACUUUCAUGGUUGCCGGAGGUUAUGAUAGAGAUGAUGGAAAUAAAGCUGUGGCAAAGGGUUAUGCCGAUCUUGUUGCAUACGGACGCUUAUUUCUCGCUAAUCCAGAUUUACCUAGAAGAUUUGAACUUAAUGCUUCUCUAAAUAAUUACAAUCGAGAUACAUUUUACAUUUCUGAUCCUGUUGUUGGCUACACUGAUUAUCCAUUCCUUGAAGAUGUACAGUAGUCCUGAUAAAUUUGUUAUCGAGCUUGUAAUACACAAGACCCACACAAGAGUAGUUCAUUAAACUUCUAUGUUAGUCAACCUCUCUCUAAUUGUUCGAUGUGGGAAUUGUAUGUGGGUUAUUUUGUCAAUACUGUAGUCUAAUUUAAUUACCAUAAGAUAGUAUCAUAAGGAAUAAAAACUUGCUUUUCUAGGUCAUAAUGAGCCAUAGAGUUUUAUAUUGUUGUGUGCUUCUCAGUAAGAAGGGAGCACCAUGUUGUUUAUUUGAUCAGGAAAUAUAUAAAUGUAUCUACAUUUGCUACAUAUAAGGUCACUUUGAGAAACCUUCUGCAAGAUACAUCAGGGGUUACACUCCAUUUGUGCAACCAGUCGCGCGUUUUCAGUAUCUUUCGGACAGUGACCCAUAAUGUAAACCUAUGCUCGGGGAUAGAGGUAGCAGAAAACCCUAAUAUGUCAUUCCAUACUGGGUCUUCCAAGUAAAAGAUUGAACCGUUUAUUUGUAUGUGCUAGCAUACUUGGAAUCAGUUCGGUGUAUGUAGACUGAUUGAAAAAAACUACGAAGUCACCCAUCAAAGGUUGUAAUUCGAUUAUUACCCUUACAAUUCAUAUUGUUGUUAUGCUUGUGAUCCUAAUAUUGGGUGUUAGAUAAUUAAAAUCCGAGCCCAUUUUGCCGUUUGUUUUGCUUCACAAAGCAGACUAUACAACUUCUCUAUAAAAUAGUGAUUCAGUCAAAGAGAAGGAAUCUGCUUUGCCAAAAGAGUGUCCUUUUAUGACAAACUAAGCAACUACUCCAUAUUUGGGAAGAUCAAUCAGAACUAGGCUAAAAGACGCAUAGAGUAUGUUUUUGGAUCAAUGGUGUAGACAAAGGAGUUCCAUGAUAAGAACAUGGAACUUCCAUGUCUAAUCAAGUGAAAACCAUUGAGUAGGGUGGAAAUGUGUAGAAUUUAGGGAAAGAAAAUGCUUUUGUAGAGGAGCCUUAAAAGGAGGGCAUCGAGAAUUGAAAUUAUAACCUCACUUGAAAAUAUAAUAUAUGCUCUAAAUGAGAUAAGACAAAAUAAGCCUUAAACGAAUAUAGUCUU